CACGCGGGUCGGUUUGUUCGGUGUGUCGAUGAUGUCAUCAGCAGAUGACCAGCUGUGUCUAAACAUCAGCAGCAGUUUGCCCUCAUCUCCGUCUUCCAGGAGGAAACCUCUGAGCGCUCAGCAGAGAUGGGUCAGAAAGAAGCAGAGAGCAGAGAAAAGGAGGUGCAGCUCCUCAGAGGAGAAGAGGACGCUGCAGACUGACCGGGCAGAGCGGGAGCAGGAGGAGGGGCAGGUACAGACUGAAGCUCCUCCCCCUGCACAUUCACAGGCUCCGCCCCCUGAGCCAACAGAGGGCGGGGCACCACAGAAGAGGAAGAAGAAAAAGGAGAAGGAGGAGGCAGUGAAGGAGGCGGGGAGGAGCAGCAUCAAGACCUCCUCUCUGUUCAAACACAACCCAGAUAUACCUGAGAUCCACAGACCAGUUGUUGAUCAGGUGAAAGAGAAGAUUUUCACCAGUGACUCGUUUUCAGACCUGGACCUGCACCCACACCUGGUGGCGACACUCAACAAAGUCCUGAAUGUUUCCACACUGACCAGUGUUCAGAAACAGACCAUCCCUGCUCUCCUGUCAGGACGAGACGCCGUGGUUCGAUCUCAGACAGGAUCAGGGAAGACUCUGUCCUACGCCGUCCCUCUGGUCCAGAGUCUUCAGUCGGUCCAGCCGAAGGUCAGCAGGUCAGACGGUCCUUUGGCCGUCGUCCUCGUCCCCACCAGAGAGCUCGCCCUGCAGACCUUCCACACCUUCCAGAAGCUUCUGAAGCCGUUUACCUGGAUCGUCCCAGGUGUUCUGAUGGGAGGAGAGAAGAGGAAAUCAGAGAAGGCCAGGCUCCGUAAAGGAAUCAACAUCCUGGUGUCCACCCCUGGACGUCUGGUAGAUCAUAUCAAACACACCCUGAGCAUCGCCUUCAGCGCCGUUCGCUGGCUGAUCUUGGACGAGGCAGACAGGACGUUGGACCUGGGCUUUGAGAAGGACCUGACCGUCAUAUUAAACAGCCUGAACACGACAGGACCGAGCAGACAGAACGUCCUGCUGUCUGCCACCCUGAGCCACGGUGUGACUCGUCUGGCAGACGUUUGUCUCAACGCCCCCGUCAACAUCCACGUGUCUGGCCCCGCCUCCUCUGACCUCACUACCGCAACCACUGUGACCUCUGACCCCAGUCCAGCUAGCCAAUCAGAGAGCUUUGCUGUACCUGAGGCCUUGAAGCAGUUUGUGGUGGUGGUCCCCAGUAAGAUCAGACUGGUCUGUCUGGCUGCUUUCAUACUGGACAAAUCUCAGUUUUCUCAGAACAACAAACUCAUCGUCUUCGUCUCGAGCUGUGAAGCCGUGGAGUUCCUCCACUCUCUCUUCACCUCCGUCCUCUGUGGGCCCUCAGCCAAUCGCAGGCCUCCGCUCAGCUUCCUGCGUCUCCAUGGCAACAUGAAGCAGGAGGAGCGCUCAGAGGUGUUCCAGCAGUUCUCGGUGUCUGCGUCCGGAGUCCUGCUCUGCACGGACGUAGCAGCCAGAGGCCUGGACCUUCCUCAGGUCACCUGGAUUCUUCAGUACACGCCUCCGACAGCGGCGACAGAGUACGUUCACCGCGUCGGGCGGACGGCUCGUAUCGGAGGAAGAGGAAGCAGCCUCCUCUUCCUCACUCCUGCUGAGACCGCCUUCAUCACUGAGCUGGCCAAUCACAACAUCAGCCUAUCAGAGAUGAAGCUGCUGGACAUCCUGUCCAGUCUGAUGAUGGAUGACACCUACAAGGGGCGGGGCAAAUACCACAGCAAGAGUUCUAGCAGAGCUCUGGAGCAGGAGAUCCGGGAGCGAGCGACGGUUCUUCAGACGGAGUUUGAGAACUUCGUUCACUCAGACGCUUCGUCAGUGCAGAGCGCCAAGAAAGCGCUGCAGUCCUUCCUGCGGGCGUACACCACCUACCCCGCUCACCUCAAGCACAUCUUCCACAUCCGUUCGCUCCACCUGGGACACACCGCCAAGAGCUUCGGCCUCAGAGACGCUCCGCAGGGUCUAAGCUCCGCCGCCAGCGCCACGGGCCCCGGGGCCAAACGAAACAACAGGAACCAGAACAGGAACCAGGCCAGGAGUCCUGUCAAGACCCAGAACAACAAGCUGAACAGCGCUGGAGAGAGGAGGUUCAGUCCCGGUCAGAGGGAGGUCAGUCUGUUCCGCUCCGAGUUCUCCAGCGGGUUGGCGGGAGGUGGCACCAAGAAGAAGAAGAAGAAGAAGAUGACGUUUGGUCAGUCAGGAGAGGAAGAGCAGGAGUAAUGAGGAAGAGGGGGAGCAGCUGACUGACGCCUCCUCACUGUCACAGAGACACAGGCUGUGUCACCUGAGCGUUCAGUGUUCACAGGUGUCCAGACAUUAAACUGUGAGCAGUUUGACACUGUGAAAGUAUCAAAGCCUCAGUCCACAGAGAAAUGCACACAGCCUGUAUUCAGAAACUGAGCCUUAAAACCAG